AUGAUCACGUCAUGGAGGUCUACAGUCGGAAGGCAUUUUCGCGUAAAUGGUAACUCACGGACAGUGGAAGCAUUACGUACAAUUGUUGAUGAGAAUGGCAGCUAUUGGCAUUUGGGUGAAUUUUCGAGUUUAGUUGGGGACUCAGAUCGUUCAGUUGAUGUCUUCUCUGUUGCUAGUCUUCUAAAACUAUAUUUAAGAGAAUUACCAGGAGGAUUAAUCCCAGAGAAUACUACUUCAUUAUUUCUGAAAGUUUAUUCACAAUAUCGAUUUAAACAGGAGGCAUAUUUAAUUCAGUUGGAGAAUUUAAUUGCUCAGUUGCCAGUAUCAAAUUAUACUUUAUUAAAGCAUUUAUGUCAAUUUUUACGUCGUGUCUCUAUUUAUCAGACAGAAAAUAAAAUGUCGACUGAAUCACUGGGUAUUGUAUUUGGACCUAAUGUAUUUGCAUUUACACCUGAAGAUUUAGGUUAUCGUGAACAGAAUUCAAUCAAUCAUAUCAUGAGUUUUUUAAUUGAACAAUCCGGUCAAUUGUUUCGUAUGAUUGCGCCAAGUUGUGAAAAUGUAAAAACUUUAGGAAAUUCAUCAGACAGUUGUUCACAGAUUCCACGUAUCCCACAUAGUGCUGCUAAUUCUCUUGUUGCUGAUGUACCUGAUGACAAGAAGUACAAAGAAAAAUUUGGAAAUGAACCUUCAGAGAAUUUAUCCGAUAUAAAUUCUUACAAUGAUGAUAUUGAUGAAGAUGCAGAGGUUGUUAAAACUGAAAGUUCUACCAAAUCAACUACAAUGGCUGCAAGAAAUCGAGUUUCGAAUACUUAUUGUUCUACUUCACGAGUUGAUAUUAUGAUGUCGUCAACAGCAGGAUCUACUCCUUCAAUCAAUGGUAAUGAUGUGUUAAAUGACAUCCAGUUAAAGUGUAAACCAUCAUCCACCUAUGAUGCUAUAUCAACAUAUCUUGAAAUGGCUAUUCGAUCAUGCAUUGAAGAGCAUUUAUUUCAUGAACAAUUAUCAGAUUGGAAAGUGUCUAAUACUGUAGAGGAGUUGAACAAUACUACUGUUGCUACUCAUAUGAAUUACACAUCAAAGCCAACUGGUUGGGAUACUGCGAUGAAAAAAAACGAUCGUUUGAAUAACAACACUAUGUUCCCAGUGUCUGAGGUUCGUGCAGCAAUCAAGCAAAUUAAGUCAUCUAGUAAACAAUCCGAUGGAUAUAUAUCUACUCAUAAGUCUAUUGGUGAUGUGGUUCCAAUAUCAGAUCAAAAUGACUUUUCUUCUGGUUGUGGUGCAGAUAAAGGCAAUCUAUCUCCACACCAUAGAGAUGUAAACAUUGCGAAGUCUGUCGACUGUACUACUAACAAUGGAGCUAAUAACAUGAAGAUGAUAUCUUCGACUUUGUCUUUCAAUCAGUCUUCCGAUAAAUGGCCUGUCUAUAAGGAUCAUGAUGAAGUUAAAGUUUAUAUGAGAGAACUUCGAUCACCUGGUUCUGGUCUAGCUUCUAAACCUUCACUUGAAUCCAACAAUAUGACGGAGAACCAAAAUACAUCUGAUCAAAUAGGUUAUAAUGGAUCAACUGUUGAAAGUACAUUUUUAUUACUGUCAAAUCGAUUAACAGAGAAACGUCUGACUGCAAAUCGUCCUGAAGCUCUUCAUUUGAUGACUCCUAAACAAAUUGAAGCUGAAAAAUUGGCCUUACAGAAAGCUUUGUUGUAUUUUGAAAAUCUUCAUGGUCGACCAAGAGAACGUCAAGAUCGUAUCACUAUGAGGCCAUUGUAUAAUCGAUAUCGUAGUGUUAAACGCCUGUUGAACAGUCUACAAACAAAUCAAAAUCCUAAUUUUAUUGAACAUAUGAAUGAGGAGAAUAGUGAUACAGAGGGUCAUUUAUCUGUACCAUCUAAUGAUGAUGUUGUUCGACGGAAAUCAAUACAAUCACCGCCUAUUUUUUCUAUGAACUCUGAAGUAAUCCCAACUAAAUGUAUCCUGUCUACUGGCAACAGUACAUCUUCAUUCAAAUCAAAUAUUCCUGUCUCUUAUUCAAGUUUACAACAUAGUCGAUUAAACAAUCAUAGUUCAUCGGUAGUAUUUUAUGAUAACGGUAGUAAUAAUAAGCGUAUUCCUCCUAUGUCAUCGUCAUCUUCUGCAUUACUGUCAGUAUCAUCCAAUUUGCCACUUUAUUCCUCGAAUAUUUCGCCUCAAUUCAAUCUAGGUGAUUGUAAUCAUGAACUGAACAAUGCGUAUAUUGAUGAUGAUGACGAUGAUGAUUUUGAAGUUACUCAAAAACAGUCAAUUUCAUCAACAAUUAAAUCUAGCCACCGUUCAGAUGUUAAUAAAUUAUGCAAUCAAGUUGAUGGAUUAUUAUUAAGUACAGAAAAACAGAAUGUUAAUAAUUUCUCAGCCAAAAGACAAUCGGCUACUAAUACUAGAUUGGAUUCAAAUGGGGGCUUAUCAAAAGUACAUUCUACAUCAGAUUAUGAAACAAAGUAUACAAAUAGUGGAAAUAGUCGUAUACAAAAUAAUAAUAAUGAAUGGUUUGGUACAAUCGGGUUAAGUCGACAAAUUCAACCUGGUGGAGAUCAUGACUACUUUAUGACUACUUCUCAUUUACAAUACAAAUAUCCCAGUGAGAAUAAUCAGCGUACUAUCCAUGAAAGUCUAUCCCCUUCUGCUGGAGCAACAACACCAAUGAAGUCAAUUAAACACCCAAAUACAAAUGAUGAAUACUGUCCACCUAGUCAACAAAACAAUUUGAUCGCUUCAAAACUGUCAUGUGUUACACUCCCAACCUUAUCAUCAUCUUCAUUAUCUAAUCUGAAAAUUAAUCAAACCAACAGUUCUGAUUUGAUACGAACAAAUAUUAGUGCUGCUGUUGCAAAACAUCGUCGUCGUAUUCUCACCACUUCUGAUAAUGCUAUCAAUACUAUAUCAACAGUAGAUGAUAAAUAUAUAGAAUCAUCACAAGCUAUGUCGUCAUCAUCAGCAGCAGCAGGAGAAACAAAUUUAGCCAAUUGGUCUACUUCCGAUUUAAAGGCAGAACUGCGUAGUUUACGGGAAUCAAAACGCCAACUACAAAAAACUUUAAAAGAUUUUGAACAUGAAUUUAUUCAAGCUACCGGUCAAAAAGUGGAGCGCGCAGAUCGACUGUGUAUGCGUUCAGAAUACUGUCAAUACAAGGCAUUAAAGACACGGCUCCUUCAAUUAGAAGCUGAAUUGAAAGGUCGUUGUGCCUAA